AUGUCCAUCAGAUGUCUGUCCCAGCCCGACGCUGCCGAGCCCAACGUUCCGAGGCGAUUGCUGCAGUCACCAUCGAUGAAACCAACUUCGGCCAGGCCAUUGGGCUUCUCUUCAGGGAAGGAGGAGCAGAAGGAGAAGCUCAUAGACAAGCUGAAGCGCUGGAUCAACAUCCUUGCCGCCACGCUGGUGGUUUUAAACUCCUUGGUGAUGAUGGUGGAGCUGGAGCUGGAGGGCAACGCCAUUGGCACAAGGAUCGGUCUGGUCGCUGACGCCCCGCCACUCGAAGAGGCCCUUGCUGUGGGCAUCAGGGGCCCCUCUUUCCAACAGGCUCAGGGAAGACGCUCUGCUUUCUGCGCUGAUGUCAUGGCCUGCCGAGCAUUUCAACACGAGGAGGCACACUCUGAAGCACUGGUGUUCGGCGGGCAACCGAGCAAAGACCUGUGGCAGGCCCUUGCUGGCUCUCUGCUGCUUAAUGUUGUCCGGAAUCACCUGGCUGCAUUGGAGGGGCACACAAGCCGGCUGGAUGCCAUCAUGCGCCGACUACGAAGACAGUUGCGAGAGCGACAGUAUGACACGUGGAUUGCGACCAUGCUGGGCAGGAUCCCGGCCAGCGCCAGAAGCUCGGUCUCACGACACUAUCGUCUCAUGCUGCUGCUGUAUCGCCAGCCGCAACAACCAGAGCGACUGGAGUUCCUGCGCAGCCUGGGACCAAACAGCCCGUACAACUUCUACAUGCGCCGCGCUGAGUUCACUCUGGCCCAGCAUCUUAUCCGGAACUGGAGGGUGCCGCAACAGCACACGACCUGGCUCCUACAGGCCAUACAGGAAGCCAGACCUGGCGAGGACUUCAACUCGCUACACUUGCUGCUACAAUUCUUUGACCCCGAAGCCUUCAGCGACUUCCUGGAGAGUGAUUGGAAGGGGACUGUUCUCCUGCCCGCCAUUGCCAUCUUCCCUGGUGGGAGAAUGCCGACACGCCAGACCAUCGUUGGACUACUGGCACUGCAGGUGAUGCCGACCAAGGCCAUGCCGGAGGACGCUGUGAAAGAAGGUGAGCCCAAGCGAGCACGAUUGGACGAGCAAGCUCCACAGGAACUGGGGACCGCCUCAUGCUCGACCACAGCUGUCAUCGACCCGCGUCGACGACAGAACAUCAUGCUUUCAGCGGCAGGCCUUGUUGAAAUGGCUUACUACAGCCCUGCCCAGUCAAGCAGGAUAUACGAGCAACUCACUACAACACUGGAAUUCGGAUCAGAGGUUGGCAUAUGGUUCACCCGAAGCGAGCUGUUUGAUCUCCUGCAAACAGAACUUGCAACACGACAGGUGAACCUCAUGGACUUCAUUCGGAUCUGGAAUGAAUAUCUGGACUUCCUGAGAUUGACAAGUCCCACAAUCGAAACAAUGGUUCCAUGGAGAGAUGAGGUGACGAACCCCGUGGAGGCUGCCUUGCCAUGCAGUGCGUUCUCUGCAGAUCAGGCGUCCAACGGCGCCACGCAGCCUGCAUCACAAGCUGCCUCGCUUGAGGGGACCCCGGCCCUGGAGGCCGCGCCUGCCGCCCCGUGCGGGGACCUCAUAAGCCUUCACAUGCCAGUAAGCAAUCGCCUGUCCCGCAAAGCCCGAACCCGACCCACCCGAGCGCACCUCGAGGUAUCCUCGGUGCGCCCCGGUGCCGUGCAACCGCCAUCCUACCAUACCCAGACAAUCCCUCAUACCUUGUCAACCUUCAGACUCCUCCAUGCAAAGCAGUCACGGCCUGGGUUGUUUCUCCCGAGCUGUCGCGUGACAGACAUCAACUAUCCUUCCAAGUCGCACCUCGAGGCAUCCUCGGUGCGCCCUGGUGCCGGACGCUGA